CUCCUCCAUCCACUCCCCAGAAUCUUAUCGAACAAACCUACCAACACAUUUUCAGAUCAUUGCCGGAAAAUAUGGCCGGAAUAGUUGACCUUCUACCAAAAGAGUACGGAUACGUAAUCCUCACUCUCAUCGCUUACUGCUUUCUCAAUAUCUAUAUGCAGAUUCAAGUCGGCAAAGCUCGCAAGAAGUACAAGGUUGCAUAUCCAGCACUUUAUGCUACUGAAGCUGAUACUAAGGAUUACAAAAUCUUUAACUGUAUUCAGAGGGGACAUCAGAAUACACUAGAGUCAUUGCCCAUUUUCUUUACUUUGUUGAUCAUAGGAGGGCUUAAAUAUCCGGUUAUAUGUGCGGUUUUGGGGAUAGGGUAUACUGUUGCUCGGUUUUUCUAUUUCACCGGUUAUUCGUCUGGUGAUCCCAAAGGCCGUCUUCCCAUUGGGGGAUUAAACUCUGUUGCACUCCUAGGGCUAAUGAUGGUCAAUAUUUUGUUCGGUGUCAGUCUUUUGAGGGCAUAAAUCAAAAGCAUUGUGAACAAAAGCGUGUCAUUUGGGACCUGAAAUAAAUGUCAUUCCCUGUUGAUUUUGGUUGUAUUUAAUUAGAUCAUGAAGUCCUUCCAUUUGUAUUGUUCAUGAUGGGUUUUGUUGCCAUUUGGCCGUUUGAAACUGCUGUAGACUACAUUUGUAAGUUGUAACAUAGAGAAAGUUCCUUGGAAUGAUAGUUCCAAAGAUUCUUCUCUAUAUGUAACUACUAAUAUCAAUUUUAUUUGGCUCA